UUCCGGCGGGAGAUUUUUGUGAAGCUUCUUCUCUAUCUCCAUCGCCGAUGUUUUCGUUAUCGUUAAUUCAACCGCGUCUCCGGAUUUCAGAGAUUCCGGUAACGCAAACCUUCAAAUCUCCGACGAUAUGUUACAGUAGCGAUUCAAGAACUAAGCGAGAGGAACAGAGGAACGGAAGAUUAUCUGGGUUUCGACUAGUUUCUGGAAAGAGAGCAUCUUUCGAUUUGGGUUUUAGUGGUUUACAACAGUUUAAAGGAGAAACUGUGAAUCACGAUGAUUUAUCUUCUUUUGAUAGCGAACGAGUGGAUUAUGCUCUGUUAGCGGAGUGGCUUCAGUCUUCUAAUGGGAUGCGACUCAUUAAAAGGAUUCACGCGAUGGCGUUGAAGUGUUUUGAUGAUCAAGUUAUCUAUUUUGGGAACAAUUUGAUUAGUUCUUGUGUGAGACUUGGGGAUUUGGUUUAUGCACGUAAAGUGUUCGACAGUAUGCCUGACAGAAAUACUGUUACUUGGACUGCGAUGAUUGAUGGGUAUUUGAAGUUUGGUCUUGAGGAUGAGGCUUUUGCAUUGUUUGAAGACUAUGUGAAGCAUGGAAUACGUUUUACGAACGAGAGGAUGUUUGUGUGUUUGUUGAAUCUGUGUAGUAGGAGAUCAGAGUUUGAGUUAGGGAGACAGGUUCAUGGUAAUAUGGUGAAAGUUGGAGUGGGAAAUCUUAUUGUGGAGAGUUCUCUUGUUUAUUUUUAUGCGCAAUGUGGUGAAUUGACAAGUGCGUUACGAGCUUUUGAUAUGAUGGAGGAGAAAGAUGUGAUAUCUUGGACAGCGGUUAUUUCGGCUUGUUCAAGGAAAGGGCAUGGGAAUAAAGCCAUUGUCAUGUUUAUCGGAAUGUUGAAUCACGGGUUUUUACCUAACGAGUUUACGGUAUGCAGUAUUUUGAAGGCUUGUAGUGAGGAGAAAGCGAUAAGAUUUGGAAGGCAAGUACACAGCUUGGUUGUUAAAAGGAUGAUUAAGACAGAUGUUUUCGUAGGAACUUCGCUGAUGGACAUGUAUGCUAAAUGCGGGGAGAUUUCUGAUUGCAGAAAAGUGUUUGAUGGAAUGAGCAAUAGAAACACGGUCACAUGGACUUCGAUCAUAGCUGCACAUGCUCGGGAAGGUUUUGGUGAGGAAGCUAUCAGUCUCUUUCGGGUAAUGAAGAGGCGGCAUUUGAUUGCUAACAAUUUGACAGUAGUAAGCAUCCUUAGAGCGUGUGGGUCUGUUGGGGCUUUAUUGUUGGGGAAGGAACUUCAUGCGCAGAUAAUCAAGAAUUCGAUCGAAAAGAAUGUCUAUAUAGGAAGUACUUUGGUUUGGCUGUAUUGUAAAUGCGGAGAAUCCCGUGACGCUUUCAAUGUUCUCCAGCAGUUGCCAUCUAGAGAUGUGGUUUCAUGGACCGCUAUGAUCUCUGGAUGUUCGAGCUUAGGACACGAAUCAGAAGCGCUAGACUUCUUGAAAGAGAUGAUUCAAGAUGGUGUAGAGCCAAACCCAUUUACAUAUUCCUCGGCUUUAAAAGCUUGUGCGAAUUCAGAAUCUCUUCUAAUCGGCAGAUCAAUCCAUUCCAUUGCAAAGAAGAAUCAUGCUCUAUCAAAUGUCUUUGUGGGAAGUGCUUUGAUUCAUAUGUAUGCAAAAUGUGGAUUCGUCUCGGAAGCUUUUCGGGUUUUCGACAGUAUGCCUGAGAAGAACUUGGUUUCAUGGAAGGCAAUGAUAAUGGGUUACGCGAGGAAUGGGUUUUGCAGGGAAGCAUUGAAGCUAAUGUAUAGAAUGGAGGCAGAGGGAUUUGAGGUUGAUGAUUAUAUAUUUGCAACAAUUCUCUCUACUUGUGGAGAUAUUGAGCUCGAUGAAGCUGAAUCUUCUGCAACUUGUUACUUGGAGACCUCUUGAUCUUUCUUCUUUAUAAUCUCUUUUUUCAAGUUCUUUCUUAUAUGAUAAAGUUUAUGAAAAAGAUGCGUUCCACAAUAGCACCAAAUGUACAAAUUUCAUGUCAGGAUAUAAAGAUUCGAAGAUUUC